CCAAGGAGCGCUGCUGCGCUCGCCACUCGCUGCAACCGCGAGCGGGACUAGACGGGAAACGAGCGAGCGCUGCUGCUGCCGCCGCCGCCUCGCCUCCCCCCCGCCGCCUCCUCCGCUCGCCUCGCCGUCCGGGCCCCGCGAGCCAUGGUGCCGGGGUUGCCUCCCGCGGGCUGCAGCCUAUGGGCCAGCUGCGCCUGAGCGGCGGCGCCCGCCUGCCCCCCGAUGCCCCCGGCGCCCCUGCCUCGCCGCCGCUGCUUCCCCCGCCGGGGCGGAGGAGGCUGCUCGCGCUGCUGCUCUUCGCCAUGCUCGCCUUGUGGCUCUGCGUGCUCUAUUCGUGCGCCGCCGGGGCGUGCGCCUCCGCCGCGCCGGGUCUGCUGCUGCUGCGCGGCUCGGCGCCUCCUGCCCGGCGGGCGCACAACCCCGCGGCGCUCUCCAAGCUGCUGCUGCUGCGGGCGCCGGGCUCCAAGGGCCAGCUGAGCCCCGAGCAGGAGAACAACGACGAGGACGACGACGAGGACGACGACGGGGGGAAUAACAACAGCAACGGCGGCGCUGCCGCGGAUUCUCCUCUCAGUCCCAUAUCCAGCUUCCUCAACGGCUCCGGCACCAAGCGGCUGCCCCAGGCGGUGAUCAUCGGCGUGAAGAAGGGCGGCACUAGGGCGCUGCUCGAGUUCCUGCGGGUGCACCCCGACGUGAGGGCCGUGGGCGCCGAGCCCCACUUCUUCGACCGCAACUACGAGCGGGGACUCACCUGGUACAGGGAUUUGAUGCCAAGAACUCUCGAUGGGCAGAUCACCAUGGAGAAAACUCCCAGCUACUUUGUCACCAAGGAAGCCCCGGCUCGCAUCUCUGCCAUGUCGAAGGGCACCAAGCUCAUUGUGGUGGUGAGAGACCCAGUCACCAGAGCCAUUUCUGACUACACGCAAACUCUGUCCAAGAAGCCUGACAUCCCCACCUUUGAGAGCCUGACCUUCAAAAACAGGACUACGGGCCUCAUUGAUACCUCCUGGAGUGCCAUCCAGAUCGGCAUUUACGCCAAGCACCUGGAAAACUGGCUCCUGUACUUCCCCAUUGGGCAGAUCCUCUUUGUCAGUGGGGAGAGGCUAAUCAGCGAUCCAGCUGGUGAGUUAGGCCGAGUCCAGGACUUUCUGGGCCUCAAGAGGAUCAUCACGGACAAACACUUCUACUUCAACAAAACCAAGGGUUUCCCAUGCCUGAAAAAGGCUGAAGGCAGCAGCAAGCCCCACUGCUUGGGCAAAACCAAGGGGCGGACCCAUCCCAACAUAGACCAGGAAGUGGUCCAGAGGCUGCGGGAAUUCUACAGGCCCUUCAACAUGAAGUUCUACCAGAUGACUGGACAUGACUUUGGCUGGGAUUGAUGGUUUAAUGCCGACGUUCUUGCCAGAGUUAAUCCCCUCAUUUCAGCUUGCUAUCCCCCUUAUAUAUGUAGAUAGGUCUAUAUGUAAAAUGUACAGAAAUCUAUUUUAUAAUAAUUUAUUUUUAAUUCUUAAGCAAUUAAUUCACUAAGCUGCCUAACCACACUGUAGCAGCCCAUAGCUGUGUUUUUAACAUUCCACAGUGCUGAAUCCUUACUCUGCUCUUUCUCUUUUUUGUAGCCUGGUUCAGUUUGUGCUGGAAAGUGCUUCUAAGUAUCUUCUAUGAGAAAAAUUAAUAUAAAAGAAAGGUUGGUGGGUAAGGGAGAAAGAAUUUUUAAAAGCACAAUUUUAUUUUCCAAUACGGGUACUAGGCAUUUUGAAACACUUUUGUGAAAGGCCCUCCAGCUAGCAUAUUUUGCCUUCCCUUUUCCAGAUCAAUCCACUUGCAAUUGAGUUUUUGGUUGGCUAUGAAAUUUCAUGGAACUCAAAGCAUUUAGGCCUAGCUUAAGCCUUUACAGGUGGGCAUGGCACGAGUGCAGAAGGAGAUUCUCUCCAGCCAUAUAGCUGCUGCCUGUUUCUCAGAUAUGUUUUCCUUGAUGUGUACAACUCUCUCUCCUUGUAGAAAGCUUUGCUACAGUAGUUACUGAAUGUUCUACAGUUUUUCCUUCUGCUUUCUUGACCUUUAAGCAGAUUUCCUGGACUGACAACUAUGCAUAUUUGGUCCAGCUUUAACUUGUUCCUGCUGAAAAUGUGAAAUGCUUCCUUCGGGCACAAUUCAUAUGGGGUGCUUCUUUUUUAAAAAAGCUGGUCUUGUAGAAGAAGACCAUGCAGUCUGAACAUGUAUAGUGAACCACUCCCUGCUAUGUAUAACUGAAUGAUAGGCCUGAUUGCUGAUAGCCCUGCAGUCAGGGUGCUUUCAGAUUAGAACAUGCAGAGUUACAUGCCUCAUCAGCCUUUUUCUAAGAGAGUUAAUUAAAUCCCUCCCUCCGCUGGUGCUGAGCUGAAAGUUGUGGACUUUCAUAUGGGGUCAAGUGGGAUGUGGGGGGAAGUAUGCACUUCAUUAAACCCUUGAGAGAGGGGUUGGAAAUGAACAUGCAGGGACCAUAGACAGUCUGAACCUUGCCAAAGAAUUUCACACCCGCCCC